AUGGAUGAUGAAGAUGCCCUGAAGUUAGUCUUUGAUGUUUCCAACUCCAAUACCUUACAAAACUCCCUAGAUAUUCUCAUUCAAACCGCCAAGUCCGAUUCUGGACGUACCCACCUCGCUUCCAAAAGAAUUCUCCCUGCACUUCUCACCAUACUACACUCACAAACCCUUCUUAUAGAUCACCAUAUUUUAUCUUUGUGUUUCAAGCUUCUCAGAAACUUGUGUGCUGGCGAACUUGUGAAUCAGAAUUUGUUUCUUGAGUUUGAUGGACUUGUUAUUGUUGUUUCGAGGAUUUUGAGGUUGGAGGUUGGUUCUGAUCGGAUGUUGGUCCGGUGGGGUUUGCAGGUUUUGGCAAAUGUUUGUUUGGCUGGGAAACGGCAUCAGAGGGCUGUUUGGGAAGAAUUGUUUCCAGUUGGUUUUGUGUCGCUUGCGAGACUCGGAUGUAAGGAGGUUUUUGAUCCGUUGUGUAUGGUGAUUUAUACGUGUUGUGAUGGAAAUCCAGAAUGGUUUCCAGAGCUUUAUGGUGAUAGUGGUUGGCCUGUAGUGGUGGAAUUAGUGAGAACUGCUUCUUCUGCUAGUUUUGGUGAGGAUUGGAUAAAGUUGAUUCUCUCAAGAAUUUGUCUUGAAGAAUCUCAACUUCCUGUAUUGUUUUCUAAAUUACGGUUAAAGGAUAUUCACGAGGGUGAAGAUAGUGAGUCAAAAGAUGAUCAGUUUUCAUCUGAACAAGCGUUUCUUCUGCAAAUCCUAUCAGAAUUUUUGAAUGAGCAAAUCGAAGAUGUUACUGUUUCGAAUGAUGUUGCGUUGUUUGUUUAUGGAAUAUUCAAGAAAUCUACGAGGGUUCUUGAGCAUGCAGUGAGAGGCAAGUCUAGUCUUCCGAGUGGCGUUACCGCAGUGGACGUUCUUGGCUACUCGCUUACUAUACUGAGGGACAUCUGUGCUAAUGAUAGUGCGAGAGGUAAUGAAGAGGAUGUUGUCGAUGUGUUAUUGUCUUAUGGUCUAAUUGAGUUGCUUUUGAUUGUGCUCGGGGACCUUGAACCUCCAGCAAUAAUCAGAAAAGGAAUCAAACAAUCUGAGAAUCAAGAUGGUGCUAGUUCUUCCUCAAAACCAUGCCCUUACAAGGGCUUUAGGAGAGACAUAGUUGCACUUAUUGGCAAUUGUGUGUAUAGAAGGAAGCAUGCACAAGACAAACUGCGGGAUAGGAGUGGAGUUCUAUUGCUAUUGCAGCAAUGUGUUACCGAUGAAGAUAAUCCUUUCCUGAGAGAAUGGGGCAUAUGGUCUGUCAGGAAUAUGUUGGAGGGCAAUGAGGAGAAUCAAAAGGUAGUUUCUGAAUUGCAGCUGCAGGGAUCUGUUGAUAUUCCCGAAAUUUCUGCACUUGGUCUUCGAGUUGAGGUUGAUCAAAAUACUCGGCGUGCAAAGCUUGUAAAUGUCUCAUGA